AGACAAUUGGAUGAGGAAGUAGUGAGCACAUGGGUGUGGUGGGUUAGCUGUUACUCCAUCAGCCUUUCAAAGAGAGGAAAGCAACGAGUGUGAUGAGGCUGAGGAUUAAUCUGUGGACUCCACCCAGGAUGGAUACUACGAAGUAUUUGGCUUCCUUCACCAUUUUCCUGCUCGUCAUCCUAGAAGUGUCGAGGGCUCAGUCUCCCACAUCAGCAGAUCAAAUGGAGUCUGUGAGCAGCAAUAAGGCAAAUGCAGUAACAAUGCCCACUGUGCCCACUCCCUCUGGUGGAAGAGUGGGAGGAAGAGUCACCAGAGACGCUGCCUCUAACCAGGAAGUAUCCCCUGAUGAAAAAACCACAAGCAACCCCACUGGCGCCAUCAGCACAAGCACCAACAUAACGGAAGUCAAGACUACCACAGUGUCCAGAGGUGAAACAACAAAACCACAAACUAAGGCCACACCUACCAAAGCAUCCACAGUGACACCUUCCCCCUCCACAACUGUGAAAACCACACAGACCGGGAUCCAUCAAGCUAUCGCCUUGAAUCCAAAGUGGGACCGAGAUUUCACCUAUGAUUACAAGUCCCUGCGCGUGGCUGGACUGAGCAUUGCAGCUGUGCUUUUCAUCGUGGGCAUCAUGGUGAUCGGCUGUGGCAGAGUCUGUCGACUACCCAAGUGUAAAACAAAGUCGUCCAAGUCAUAUCAAGUGGUGCAGGGGUAAAGGGAGAGAGAGAGAGGGAGACAGAAAGAGAGCAUGUGUAAAGGCAAAGGUCUGCAAGAAACAACGAGAAGUCAAGAGAAAAACACUUGAGCAACACCUUCAGCGUGUGUGUGCAUGAGGAUUGAAGGGCUGUACACUACUUAGUAACAGUGUCAAAACAUGAAUCUUGCUGACAAGAGAGGAAAGUGGAGCCAUCAUCCACUUAAUCUUUGUCAAAUGUUAUUUCUAUACUUGGCAAAAGUGCACCAAAGAAGUAAAGUGAUUAUUUAUCUUGGCAAAUAAUAAAGAGAUGAUUCAUAUUUGAAUCACACCUUCAGUUGUGAGGCAGGCUUCUUCCUAUUCAAUUCUGUCUUUUAAUAACUGAUAACAAAGCCAGUGUCCCACAGCCAAGAUUAUUAUUAAAGGUUGUGAAAACAACAACCGAUAUUUCACAAAACCCUGUGCAACUCGUUUUGUUUUAAAGUAAAGCCAGGUCACUUCUUCUUCCUGAUACAUACUGCACACUCUUCACACUUCCAAUCUCAACAAAAAAGAGAUGUUUAGUAAGGGGUGUCUAAGCCUCUUAGUGACUCUAUGCUUGUAAGUGAGUAAAGCCUGAGAUUAAACAAGAUCCACUGGCGCAUUAUCAUUGCAUCCAUAUGGCAUCAAAAUGAUGCAGACAGUGUGAUGACACGAAGGUUUUAUAACAGAUUUAAUGACAAAUUUACACAAUUCAGGGUUCAGCAUAAUAAUACAGAGCAGUAUUGAUUGUUCUUAUUGAUGUCAGAGCAGAAUUUAGAAGACAGUAACUGUGCAGACAAUAAAUUCAUGAUCUACAAU